AUGUUAGAGACGGUGGGAGUAAGAGAUGAUGAGAGGAAAUUACAGCCGACAAUAAAAAUACGAACCGAGGUGAGCGCUUGCAACGUGCCGCAGAGAGACGCGCGUUACCGCCACAUGGGGCGCGCUCCCGGGACCAAGCAGAAGAGGAGGAGGCUGUUAUAUAUGCUGUCUAUGGAGGAGAGCGAACACACCGAGGGGGGACAUCAGCAGAAAAACAGGGUCUGUUUACAUCUGACCCUGUGUUUGAGAUCAGACACGACCGGAAGUGUGUCCACAGACGGACGGAGCAGAGAGAAGGAAGACUGUUACCAGGGAGACGGGAGGAUGUUGCUAUGA